GGGAGCCACAUAGAGGUUGGGCCAACACCCCCCUCCCCUCAGCAGCAGAGAGCUGUUGCGACUAGAAGCAGAACAGGGAUCCUGGGACUGAAGAAGCAACAGGUGAUCCAGGGGAGGGCAUAAGCAGAGCCUGUGACCUGCGUGUUCCCAAGGGUGUGUGCCCUCUGCCAGGGAGCCAGGAUGGCAGCCAAUGGCCCAGCAGGGAACGAGUCGCAGGAGACACAGCGCCGUGUGGAUCAUGUCACGGACGAGUCUCUGGAGAGCACCCGUAGGAUGCUGCAGAUGGUGGAAGAGAGCAAAGAUGCCGGGAUCCGUACCUUGGUGAUGCUGGAUGAGCAGGGAGGUGAGGAACAGGCUGAAGAACAUCAAGGCCAGCGAGGCCUACAAGGCGGUCUGGGGCAGCCCUGUGGGGUCAGACCCCAGCCGGGAUUGGGGGCAGCCCUCUGGGACCAGACCCCCGCUGGGUUUGGGAGCAGCCCUGUGAGCUCAGACCCCCAGUUGGAGUCAGCCCCCUAUGCCUGCUGCACUGGCUCCCUUCUCUUCCUUUUCCCAAGGCUGAAGAACAUCAAGGCCAGCGAGGCCUACAAGGCGGUCUGGGGCAACACCCAGGAUGGGGUGGUCUCCACGCAGCCCUCGCGGGUGGCGGACGAAAGGGAGCAGAUGAUCAUGAGCGGUGGCUACAUCCACAGAAUAACGAAUGACGCGCGGGAGGACGAGAUGGAGGAGAACCUGGUGCAGGUGGGGAGCAUCCUGGGGAACCUGCGGAGCAUGGCCCUGGACGUGGGGAACGAGAUUGACAUCCAGAACAAGCAGGUGGACAAGAUCAUGGAGAAGGUCACUGUGAACGAAGAUCGCAUCCAAGAAGCCAACACCCGGGCCAAGAAGAUCCUAAAGAACGCCUGAGACACCCUCUGCUCUACGUGUCCUCCCGCUUCGCUGCCCCCACCCCGGCUCCCGGUCGCAGUCCGUCCGUCCGUCCCUGCUGUUCAAUCUGCCCUGGAGUCUCUGGCGCCGUGUGUUAGGUGGAGCCUCGGCUGUUUGGGGCUGGCGUAGGGGGUGCGCCCUGCCGUGGUGCGUAGUGGAUAACAGCCUUACUAUUGCAGGGAGCUCAGGGAGCUCCUCCUGGAGUUCAAGAGGGAGCGGGCUGUCCGUGGGUGCUGAAGGUUGUAGGUUCAGCCGCAGCUGGGAAGGCGGAGUAUGUUAUAGACACAGCAGCUUUGUGUGUUCUGGCCUCGUGGAGGGUACACAGGUGAAUCUCCCCACACUAGGGAAGGCUUGCCCUAGUGCAGUGACUCAGAUUGGGUCCUCCUGGUACCCAUGUCCCUUCCUCUUUAUCUGUUUCUAAAGAGCUCUGCCUCUACUAGCUGAGCUUGGGUUUUCCAAGCCCAGGGGCAGACCAUGGAUGCUGGGGGAGGGGCUAUCAGUUGAGGGACUGGGCAGAAUGUGGCCCUCUAGUGACAAAUAAGGGCAGGGAGGGGGUAAAACAGGAAUUUCCUUGUGCACUAUCCCAGGCAACUUUGGGUUCCGAGCAGCCUCUGAUUUUAUGAAGUGUGUUAAUCUGUGGAACUCCUCACCACAGGAUAUUAAUAAUCCCUAGAUUUUAUCAUCUAUAGAUCUUAAAGCACUUUACUGGUGUGAUGUGGGGGAGGGGGGCUUUCAGUAUCACUAUCCUCAUUUUACAGAUGGGAAACCUGUAAAGGCACAGAAAAGGGAAAUGACUUGCCCAAGGUUACCUAGCAGGCCAGUGGCAGAGUUGGGACAAAAUCCAUGUCUCCUGAGUCCCACCUCAGGGCUCUAUCCACUGGGCCCCACUGUUCUGAAGAAAGCCUCAGUAUCAAGUGACACAAAUCCUUCAGUAGCUAAAUGAAGUCAGACAGGAUUGAUAGGACAGAUGAAUCAAAGAGGGGUUGGGUCAGUGACUCAAUUUGCCACAUCAUCCUUCCCUGUUAACACGUGGAACCCCCCACCACUUGAUACUCUCAAAACAAAUGUUUCAUUAACUAACUAAAGAAAAACAGGAGAGAAGAAGGACAUCAGAGAUUUCCUUAGUACAGUUCCUCUUCCAUCCUUUCCUGGUAACCUGUGGAACUCCCCUCCAUAAUAUAUGCCCAAAGUAAACAUGUUAUGAAUGGAAUGAAGGGAAAUAGGACUGAUGGGAUGGCUGGAUGGGGGAGGUGGGGCACAUGCCGAUGACUUCCUGGGAUCUAUCCCUCUGUGUGUGUGUGGUUUUCAAACGUGUCUAUCACUGUGACACUGAAGCCCCUGUCUGUGUGAGGGCUCUGUUUUCUUUUUAUCUGUGUUGUAAGCGAGGUGAUUUUUUUUUCAAAGCACAAUUAAAAAAAAAAGCAAAGCACCUUUUUC